AUGCCUAGAGCAAAAUUCAACGACGACAACAUCACACUGUCGGUGAACCGGGAGUACCCACAUAUGAUGGUGGAACUGUUGGACAAUAAGGGUAAACGACAGGGUUGUUUUGGUCCCCACGACAAAGUGGAACAUUUUACCGGAGAAGUUGAAGCUAUCAAUAUUAAAAGAAGCCCUUUGGGUCAUGAGACGCAGACGCAGACCCUAGAAAUUGCGGAGAAUGUGGACUUUGACGCUGGAACGGAUGUUACUCUUAAGAUGGAUGGUGAGCACCCUAUACCAAAUUAUUAA